AUGAGAAAGCUACGGAGAAAUGGAAACCAGAUCAACAUCCGAUGGAUCUCGAAGAGCGAAGACAACAAACUACUGGGCCUGGCUAAAGAACAGGCCAGAGUCGCGACACAAGAAGAUGCUCUCCUGCAAGAACGCGUCCCGAGAAUGAAGUCAACCACACUGAAUAUUGCACGGUCCCAAGCAGUCCCCAGCAAUGACCUACCAGUAAACGUGGGGAGACACGCAAAACGAGUUGAUGCAGCACUCCCAGGCAAACACACCCAACAGCUAUAUGAUCGAUUAUCGUGGAAAGAAGCGAGCGUGCCGGCUCAACUCCGAACCGGCAUGGCAAGACUCAAUGGUUAUCUCUAUGGAAUCAACGUAGCAGACACGGACCAGUGUGCGUCGCACCGAACGGAACUACUACAAUGUACCAACACCCACCGAGGAAAUAUAUCCUUCUCCCCAGGAGGAAAGUCGCCUUCCGAUGAUCAGAAGUGGACGCCGAACUUAAGGCGGUCCGGGCCUCAAUACGAUUCGCCAUGGCCAUGGGCCGACUCGAGGCCACCUAACCAUGCCGACGAACUUAAAUUCCCCUCCCUUUUUACCGAUCUAAUCCACCAACCACCUCGUUUUUCAGAUGGUAGACGCGCUUCAACUGCCGAAGAUAGGAUGUUGAACACUUGGAGAAGCGCCUUCAAGCCAGCCUACUAA